AUGGUAAACCCACUUCUCCCAGAAAUGACAGACCUACCUGCAGGUUGGGUUGGUCAAUUUGAUAAUAAUGAUAGAGUUUUUUUCCGUGGUCCCAAUGGUUAUUUGACUUACGAUCAUCCUAUGAAGGGUCCAAUCCCAAAGCCUUGGCAACUCAAGGUUGACAGGUCUGUCCCAAAUCCUCGUGAGUAUUAUUACAACACGCAGACUAGGGAACAAUCACAUGACAAUCCACGUUUUAAAGAAGAACUCAUGAACUCAACCCUUCUCGGUGUCUCUAGACUAGUUCGAGAAUCUGCAACUAUGACGGUAAAUACCGAUGGAACUCUCGAAAAAUCACGACGCCAAGCUAUUGGGAGCCAGAACAUACGACAUUUGUAUACAAUCGUCAAAACACUCGACGCCGGGAAUGGCGCUAUAGGCGGAAUGAAUGGCGGAGUUCAUGUUGUUCGACUCAAGGGUACGGGUAAGCUCUAUGUCGAAAAGCGAUUCAAGAAAGAUGACUUGCAACCCCUGAGAGAUGGAACACCUGGAAUGGGCGUAGUCGAGAUUGGGAUAACUCAUAGGGUGAUGCAUGGCGGUCUCGCCGGGUAUAUCAAUGGGUUCAUAGAGCCAAAUGACAUACAUCCAGCUAGUGCAUCAUUGCUUCUUGAGUUUUGCGACUUAGGAUCUCUGGAUGAUCUUAUUAAAUGUCAUGCUCAACGUCUGGGCACAAGAGAUGCGGUCGAUGUACCUGAGCGCUUUGUUUGGCACGCUAUUGUUGGACUUUGUGAUGCUCUUUCCUACCUUUGGGGCGGAAAAUCAUUCAUAACCAAUGAAAAACACAGAGGAACUGGGCCUGCAAAGGGCUGGAAACCAAUCAUACAUCGCGAUAUGAAGCCUGAUAAUAUUCUCAUACGGUCGAGGUCGACGAACGGAGCCACGAAGUAUCCUUUUCUGGUCAUAAGUGACUUUGGUUUGGCCAUUGAUAAUCAUAAGCAGGGAUCAGGAGCUUGCGGAACAAGACACUUCUGGGCACCUGAACUCCUCUGGGAUCCUCCCGCGACGGACAGUUGGCAUCUUAGUAACUUUCCUCCGAACCAAUAUCAUACUCACGAGAGCGAUCUCUAUGCACUCGGGGUUUGUAUAUACAAUCUUUGCAGACCUAUCAAUGCUCUUGUGCAUGGACAACGGUGGCUCGGAGCACUCUCGCAUUUCAAAUUCGAAUCAUAUCCAACAAAUCGCGAUGAAAUUAAUAUAUGGUUGUCGUCUCGAAGAAGUCGUAGAUCCGAUUUAGACGCCGGCUCAUCUUACUCGCCUUACCUUAGAAACGUUGUCAAGAAAAUGACUGCUUGGAACGUCAUUCAAAGAGGCGCUGCUCAUCAACUCGAAAACAUACUUAUUCCUACUGUAAAGAAAUGUGGUUAUUAUGACGAAGACUUCAGCCCGAGUGAGGCGCUUCCAGUUUGGGCCAUUAAAAAGCAUGACUACCAUUCUAGAUGA